AUGGCCAUGACGGCGAGCGCGUUGAUCGUUCCAGCUAGCUCCACACGCAUGAAGCAUCCGCCGACGUGGCGUCACACGCAGCCGUCGGAGGACGGGCGAGCUUGCUGCAGUGCGCCGAUGUUGGCUGAGGUGGUGCUGCGCGGGGGCAGCUACGCGAGUGCGGAGGAGACGGUGAGCGAGAUGAUCAAGCGCAGGAAGGAGCUGCAGAAGGCUUUCGCGGCUGGCGACGUGAUGAAGCUCGUGGACGCGCGCCGCCGCGUGGAGGGUCACGAACGCGGUCACACACGCGGAGGACCGCGAGGCUCCUUGCCAACGGCGCGCACGGAACAACAGCGCAUCGCCGCUGUGCGCGCAUGA